CUAAACCUAGCGCACAGUCUGAACGGUCCAGAUGUUUAAACAGACACGAGGAAGGACAGGGCGAGCGUGUAUGCGGCUCACGCAUGUCGAAUUCGCCAAGAACGCAGGAAAACGAAACCGCAAUCUCAUACUAAGGACGCUUCUGUUUGUUUGAGCUGUUUCCUGUCGGCUUCGCUCGGCAUUUUACGCCCUGAACAUGCGUGGGGUUGGAGAGUUUGCGUGAAGUUUGUGGAGCAGAGCUUAAGGUAGCCUAUUAUUGAUUGUGAUAAGAGAGAUGGGUGCGAUGGCUUCCCCUCUGUUCUUACUGAUAGCCUGUCUGCUCUCAAUGCGUGUCGGAGGAGCCUUUUUUGCGGGCCCCCUGUAUCCAGAGAUGUCCAACGGCACGUUUCAUCAUUAUUUCGUGCCGGACGGCUACUAUGAAGAAAACGAUGAUCCUGAGAAAUGUCAGAUGCUCUUCAAAAUGACGGACAAUCGCAAAUGCACCCUGGACGAGGACCAAGACUCGGUGAUCCGGGACGAUUUCACUAUUAUCAAGCGGCACAUCGAGGACGCGGCGCGGGUGCUCGAGGGCAUUGGGAAGAGCAUCUCCUUCGACCUGGACGGAGAGGACAGCUAUGGGAAAUAUCUCAGGCGGGAGACGACCCAGAUCAGCGAAGCGUUUUCCAACUCCGAGAAAUCCCUUCUGGAGCUGGAGGUGAAGUUCAAACAGAGCCAGGAAAACGAGCUGAAAGAGGAGCACAAGAUCAGCGACGACUUCCUCAAUAUGAUCGUGCACACGCGCGACGUGCUGAAGGAGACGCUGGACAUUUCGCUGGGGCUGAAGGACAAGCACGAGCUGCUGUCACUCAUCAUCCGCAGUCACGGGACCCGCCUGAGCCGCCUGAAGAACGACUAUAUGAAGGUGUAGACAACUGCCUCUAGUAUGUAGCCCGAGAAUCUCAAUGGAAAAGCAGUCAUUCCAUCCAAUUGGUACCUAUUCUAUUGUAUGUUACUUGUACUUGUUUUUUAGUAAAUAACUAAUCCCACCAUUCUACUAGCCUACAAGUUAAAGUUCUGAAUAACUAUACCAAACGUUUCGAAACUAAACUUUACAAGUACUGUUUGUAUAAGUUCGGUACAAUACACACAAGUAUCUCAGUUGUUGGUAUUAUUAAUCAUCCCAGUAACUCAACAGUAAGGUCCUUCACAAAAAAAUGGUUCUUAGAAAAAAAAAAAAAAUUCACUCUCUUCAAGGUUCUUGAUACCUUUAUUUUUUGCAGAGCAUGCACUGGUCUAUUAAAUGGAAGCAUAUUAGUUGACCGUUAGUUAAUACCAGGAAACUGGACACUUUCAAGUUACUAGAACUACACAUCAGAAGUCAAUAGAUGUCCCAGUUAAAUGUACUGUAUGAAAAACGCUUUAUUGCAAACUGCAAUAAAUAAGCUGCAAUUUAUAUGAGCUGAAUUUAAACGAACAAAUUAAGUUGAACAUUACUAAAUUUAAUUAGUUUGUUUAAAUUCAUCCCAUAUAAAUUGUCUACAACCAACCUAAAACAGAGUAAAUGCAAUGAAUAAUUUUUUUUCAUUAAAAACAUUUUAAAAUAUUAUAUGAACAAUUAGUCAUCAGUCAGAUUAACAGAGUAACAAAAGUUCAAUGGACUCAUAAGGUUAAUUUGAUUCCGCUUAAAAAAUUAAAAAGGCAACCAGGAUUUUUUUAAAGUGAUAGGAGUAUAAGCAAACAUAGCUAUUGAAUCACUUGCAAUAGUAAGUAGCUGCAAAUAAUAUUUAAAUAUAUUAUGUAAAAUAUAUUAGUCACUAUUGGAUUGCUUUAAAAUGAGUACUAGUAACAUACAAAUAUACAACACAUUUUUUAGGAGUAUAAUUUUUUUCUCUGUAGCUACUAGGAUGAUGCAGCUAUUGUGCAAUAAAUGAAAGCCGGUAUUCACUUAAUAGCAGCAAUCGUACAUGAUGGACAGCCAUUAAAUGCUUCAAACUUGGCAGUCUUACUGCCAUUGAGUGCUUAGUCUUUAAUGUCAUUUGCAGAUCAUGAUAAUAUGACUGGAAUCUCAGUCUAACCAACAUAGUUUUACCUCUGAGAGGAGACACACAGAGCACUGGGAUUCAGUGUUGAGUUUCUCGUUAUUUUCUCAGAUAAUGAUGUAGGCUGUGUUUGUGGAAACAUUUGCUCAUUUGCAUUGGCAUUACUUGAAUGUUUCAGAGAAAACUCACACCGGUUUAACAGAAGGAAUAUAGUUUUCAUUGUACAAAAUGUUAGCUGUCAUAUUCAUAUUAUUAUGAGAGCAUGUACCUAAUCGAAGUAUUCAAUCUGACAAUCCUCCACAAGAUAAUGACAUAAACGUAUUAAAACAGGAAUGAUCAUUAAUGUUACUAUAUAUGAUAGACUUGGAGGAAGAAAAACAUUUGCUUUUUUUGUACGUUAUGUUUUUGUGUGCCCUAUGAAAUUUAUAUAUUUUAAAAUGAGCUUUUAAAAUAUUCAACUGUGAGUUUUUAUAUUUAUGGAAAAGCUUAACUGCAUUCGAUUUAUAAAACUGUUUGUGUUGCAUUAAGUAUUCUUGAAACCCUAUGAGAGGUUAUGGGAAAAGGACCAUCUGGGCUGACAUAACCCAGACAAACCAAGAUGACUGCGGGCAGGAAUAUUGGACUUGAAGCAAUGUGUGAUGUGUAGUUCCAUUCCUGAGAUGUAUGUUUUGUAUAUUCCUUUUUGUAAUAAAAAUCUACAAGACAGUUUGUGUGUGUAUGCGAGAAAGAGAGUGCAAUAAAAGGCAAACAAAGUUUUAAAUAAAUUUA